AUGUCCUGGGAGAAGACACAGCACACGGCCCUCACGCUUUGGGACAUUGACCGCGUAUUUCAAGAUGCUCACGAGGCCUACGAGCAGUGGCAGGCCCGCCACCGGCACACCCGGUCCAAAUGGAUCUGCUUUGGUGGAAAGAACCGGGACGACGCUGUUGGGAGAGCCUUGAGCCUUGGCCGCCAGAUCCAGAGAAUCAUGGAGUCCGGAAAGGAAGCGUUUGGGGAGCGGUUCGAGGAGGGAGACCAAAAGUGCAACACCAUUCUCUCUGCACAGUUGCUUCGAGUGCAGUACGAAAUCAGACAGCCGCUGUACGACAGUGCUUUCUCGUCCACGCCAGUCACUCCCAUCGACGACAUCAUUACAACCGCCAAGAGCGUACGACGCGCCUGCCUCACCGCCCUGCGCGACCAAUAUGCCCGCCUCGAAACACCCAUCCUCUCGCCAGUCCUUCCCCCGCCCCGAUUCAAGGUUGAAUUCUGUCCAUUCGCCGACCAGCUCCGCAAGGACCUCAAGGAGACCAAGACGAGCACGUUACGAGCAAAAAAAGCGCAACCACACGACAAGCACGACGACCGAGAAAUAUGCCCCCACUGCAGCGCAUGCGUAUCUGUUGCAACCCAUUCGGGCUUGCCGGCCUCCAGAUGCAUACUCUUCACAUCGCAUAUUGCGCUGGAUCCAGACGCCAAAGACGACAGAGCAACGUUUGCGUGUAACAGCUGCUACAAGACAUUUGACGACUCGUACGCCUUCCUGGACCACUACUUUCAAAAGCAGAUUGGCAGCGAUAAGAGCUGUCUAAAGCUGUCCGUGUCGCGGUCAACCUCGAGUUGGUUCUUGAAGGAAGAGCUCAUCGACGUGGAUCCUUCAGUAGUCGAGCAGUGCCUGAAGAAUUGCAUAGCAAGAGAGACGAUGCGAAGCAAACAGCACAAACGCAGGGGCAGUCGGAUUACCAUACGAGAAGUGCUUACUACCGACUGA